CCGCGCAUGUUUCGGUUAUUUUCCCCGGUUUAUUGGCUACAAAUAAAAUUUAAAAUAAAUUAUUUAUUUUUAAAAAACAAAUAAAAAAAGAAAAAAAACAAUGUUGUCUUCAUAGUUCCUAUUUGACCUACUAACUUCCCAUUUUACCCUUCUUCUUCAACCUCCUGCCUCCAAGGGCAAAAAGCUCACAUCCAUAAAGCACCAAUUUAAUUUAAUUUGAUUUAAAUUAUUUGAUUUUUCUGUUUUUCGAAUUAAAUGACGUGUUUUUGAUUCUUCAAACGCAUCCUUCAUAUGUGAAAAUGGAAAUUUUCUUUUCAUUCUUCCUGUUCAUUUGAUACCAUUUUUUUUUUCAAAUUUCUGAUUCUUUUCGUAUCUUUUAUUUUCGAUGUGCGUGUCGCUUAUUCGUUGAUUUUUCGUUUUUCGUUUUUUUGUUCUUUUAUGAAGCUCAAGAGUGAUUGUUCCUUCAUUUCCUCUCACUUUCCUAUUGGAAUUCUUUUCAUCAAUUGAUUUGCUGUAUUUUGAAAUUAAAACAGAGCUUAGAGCAUGGUUUUGAUGGGGAAACACGAUGAUGCACGCUCUGUUUUUCCUUUAACAAGUCUCCAGAUCGGGGACUUGCAGGCAUAUCUUUCGGAUCUUAGCCUUUACCUGGCCAUUGAAAGUAACAAAUUCUACAUUUUGGUGGACAACAGGCCAUGGCUAAGGGACUUGGAUUCACGGCCAGCUCACUUGUGGUGGCAAUUAAUGGUUACCAAGUCCAGGUUAUCUCCUUUUGCUAACACCAAAGGUCGUAGGGAGAAAAAAGAGGGGAAGGAAGCUUCUUCCGAAUCAAAUGCUAAAGAUUCGAAAAAGUUAGAGAGAUGGUUCUGUUCAAUUGAUGCUGCAAUGUUGUCUGAACAGAGGGUUUUGCUACCUGUUAAGAAACUGAGAACAUCUUUACUCCUUAGCAGUGAGUUGCAUCGGACAUUAUAUGGCUUCAUUGUAUUUGAAGUCACAUGGUCAAAUGUCCGAGGUAUUAACUACUUAAAUGAGCUUCAGACUGAUACCUCUCUGGCCAUAGAGGCUAAAUCCAUGCAAAGAUGGGAAUUUGACAGCAUCGAUCAAGCUGCAAAUUCUAUAUCUUCAUGGUUCUCUGGAACAUUCUUGGAGCGGUGUCAUUUAAAAGUGUACCUGGAUUCAACGACUGGAGAGGUCUUCCAUGACACUGAAGAAGAUUUUGAUGAGGAUAAUGAUGAUGGAAACAUAUAUGAGGAUAGUUUCAGCACUGAAGAAAAUUUUCUGUAUGAUCAUUCUGGCACUUCCGAUUUAAGGGUUUACCCUACUACCGGGGACUGCGAAACUUUUGAGCCACAAACUCCAAUUGGGCCUUAUAAGAGAAAAAAUGUGACCAAGGCAACUAGUACUGGAGUUGAAGUCGAUCUACAUUGUGAGGAAACCCAAAGGCAAGCUGAAAACUCAUCCGACAACUCUACUGAAAAUGCAGUUGAAGCUACAGAGUACAGGGAUGUUCUUCUUCUGUUUAGAUUUGAUGAUAGAGAUCUUCCAUUUAAAUUACAGCAAAUAAUAACUCCUGAUCUGAGGUUACUUCGUUUGUUAGAGGCUGGUCUUCCAUCCUGGGUCCUCUUUCUUCAAUCAUAUCCUGGCUUUUGCCAUAUCUAUCGGCCAUGGAUGUGCCCUCUGGCCAGAGCUUUAUAUGUUUUGAUUUCAGUCAUAACUGUUGUAAUUGGGUUUUAUGAUUUAUACAAAAAUGUCCCUGUUCUUAAGGCAACUGCUGCUCGUUUAUGUGGGCCACUUUUUGAUUGGAUAGAAACCUGGGAGAUGGUAUCAAGGAUCAAGUACUUGGGAACUAUGCUAUUUCUGCAUAAUUGUCAGAAGGCUGUGAGGCUGUUUUUGACAUUUACACGUGCUACUCGAUCAUUUUUCUCUUUUCUUUGCCUACCACUGGCAGAACCAUUUAUGGACUUUUUGGACUUCCUUUUGCCAUUUUGGAAUCUAUUCAGUGAGGUAGUCGAAAGCUUCUUUUCAGUCAUAUGGAUUGUGAUUUGUGCUCUCUACAAUCUAGUGGAGGAUCUCAUAGAGAUUGUACUGAUGCCUAUCUGCUUUAUUGGCUUAGUUCUUCAAAAUCUCGCAACUUCCGUCCUGUGUCCUGUCUUUUGGAUUCUUUGGGAAAUAAUAUAUGCCCCAAUACGCCUGUUCCUUGGAUUCGCCAGAUUUGUGGCUUUUAUUUGUUUCUUCAUCUCUCGUUUGGUUGGAGAUAUAUGGCAAUCUUUUAGAAGCAUAAUUCAAUUUGCUUCUGCUACUGAAUCUGCAGUGAGCAGUAAUGAGAUUUCCAUGUGGCGUUCACUUUGGAAUGACAUUUUUUCUCAGGUUUUUCGUGCUCUUAGAAGUAUAUUAAAUGGUUUUGUUGCCUUCUUCGCAGCCUGCAAUAGACAUCGCCUAAGCAUUUAUAACCAUGCAAGGCAUUUUGUUCAAAGACCAUUUGGUGGAGCCACAACAUCACAAACCUCAGAUCCUAGACGUAGUAAGUCGGCACAUGGAAAUAUGAUGCACCCCCACGUAAGCAAUCAUAUACUUUAUCUUUGUUUAAUCUAUUGCUCUCAUAUCCGGAAAAAUACUAUGAGACUAUGUAAAAAUCUAAUUGCAUUUUGCUCUUUUUAUUAAAAAAUAGAUAAAUUAAUUCAUGUACAUUAAAUAAAAAUAAAUUGAUCAUAUCUGUUAAAAAUUUCAUCUAUUUUCACUUUUAAAAGCUGAUGUAAUUGACAAAAUAACCAGACAACUGUUUCGUGUACCUCAUUAUGAUGUAUAUGAACUAAUUUUUAACAAUAAAAAUAGAUAAAAAUUUUAAUAGAAUAAUCAGUUUGCUCUUUGUUUUAAUAGACAUAGACUAACUUGACUAUUUAUUAAAUAGAAGAAACAAAAUGCAAUCCAACUCUCAAUAUAAAUCGUCCAUAGUAUUUUUACCUCUCCUCUCCGCAUGCUUUUGCAUUAUAUGGCAGGCAUGAACCAUUUUUCUGUUGCUACACUUAUAGUUCAUUAAAUCAUUCUGUAUUUGCUACUCCUUGAGCUGAUAUUUUCAUUAUAUUUUUACAGUUAGAAAUAAGAAGGAGAGUCCAUGGUAAAUCUUGUCCUCCGGCAUUGUCAUUUUGAAAUGCCAUUUUGAGUUCGGAAAACGUAAGAAGCUAAUCCUUGUUCUGAUGAGAGCUAAUAUUCCGAUGCAAAAAUCUUUUCAACAACCAAUAACAUGAAUAAUCGAAAGCUAACAUGAGCCAAUCUGAUAUCAACACUGAGAAAAAAACCAUGGGAAAGGAGGGGAAAAGAAAAACCACCUGUAUAGCUCUUUAGAGGUAAUUUCAUUCUUUUAUUCCUUCUGUGUCUAGGAAGCUGUCUAUUUCUCAUUCUCAAUGUUUCAUUAACUUCAGCUUUCUUUUUGUUUUAAUCCUCUAUGAUAUCUAAAUAGUCAGCUUCUAGUUUGUAAUUAUUAUGUAUAUACACUUUAUCUAUUUAUUUAUCCCUCCCCCAACCCCCCAAAAAAAAAAAAAAGAACGUUGGGAAGUUCUGAAAUAAGGAUGAUAACUAUGGAUGUAAGAUUAUCUUCAUAUGAUUAAUGUAAAUGUUGUGAUGAUUGCUCAGUUCAUGACGUAUGCUAAUGCUAACAUUAACUGGUCCAGCAUACUUGAUAAUCAAAGAGAGAGUCUUCACAUAAUGAUCCACUUGAAAUCCCCACAUACAUGGUUAUACAAAAUACUUCUGCUAGCCAAAAUAUAAUAGCAGUAUUACGUUAUAAUACACCUACAAGUGCUGUCCUCUAAUCUAAUGAGGUCCUAAGCUUUCUUCUGUACUUUAUAACUGCCAGCCGGAUAUCUACAUUACGACAUAUUUUCAUUUUACUUCCAUGUCCUUCACCUGUUCAAAACAUACGUAGAUAUAACCCUCAAAAGAACUUCUUUCCGGCAUUUUUAAUUCUCUCUCAAUUCGAUGUAACAUUGCUUUAUAACAUAAGUUUAGGUAGAGCGCUUACCUCAUUUAAUGUUGUCCUUAUUGAAAUGCAUUUGCUCUUCUUUCUCCUGUGUAAGUUUCAAAGCUUUUGUCAGCUCUUGAUUUGUAGCCUGCAUGUAUCUCUUUAACUGUCCGACAUCCUUGGCGGUUUUUAGAAGGUAAGUCUCAAGCUUCUCAAUUUGACAGAGUGUGUCUUUAAUAUGAGAAGCUUCUUCAUGGACUGACCGAAAAUGAUAAUUGCCAGUGUCUGUUACGGUGGCAAAUGUUUCUGCAUUGUUCCCAGAUAUAUCAUACAAAGAUUUCCCAAUAUUUUUAGGUACGGAAGGCACUGACUGAUUGCAGUUAUCUUUGAGAGUUGACUCCAUUCCUGCAACUAUUGAUAUACCCCGAAAAGAUUCCACCACAUGCUCAGCAAAAGAUUUGCAUUCAAUCAAAGGACUAACUGAAGCAUCAAAAGUAUCAUUCACUCCCUGUAACAUGGAAUUGUGAUCAGGUGGCUCAAUUGUCUCCAAAUGAGAGAGGAAAUCUUUCUGAAGAUUCUUUCUGACUUUCUCUGAAGCAAUGAACGAUGUUUCGAGGCUUGAAGUCCCUAAAGGAUCACACAAUGGUUGAGUACCCCUUCCGAGAGCAUUUUGUGAUAGAGCAUUUUGUGAUACUUUAUCAACUUCAGCAUCUGCGAUAACACUAGGCAUCAUACUUGAGCUUAAAAGGGAUGAAGCAAAGGAAACAUAUCUAAGUUGUCUCAACUCUUCUUUAAGUAUCUGUGUUGGAGAGAAUUCGAUCCUCCAAAAACCCUCCCGAUAUAUGAAAAACUCGAAAAAACCCGUACUGGAUAGCAUCAUAAAACAAGUACUAGAAGGAAAAAAAAAAAAAAAAAAGACGCAACCAACGAUACCUACAUCCAUUUGGUGAAUUCCCAGUAACAGAUAUCUCGUGAGUGAUAAUAUCUGAUAGGCCACCACGCCGGAGUCUCAUUGUUGAUGGUCUUUCGUCUAUCUCCAUAGACCUUGGCCGUGAACUCGUAGGACUCUCGAACUGCAAGAAACCACAAGCUCCAUGUCCCUAUAUAAAGAGCAUCAACCCUUUUAUCAGUAAAUGUUUUGAACACUCGCAUCCGAACCCGAGUAACAGAUCGAUCUUGGUAUAAGUAUAACAAUUGAAUUUCACAA